AUGGGUGCACAGAAGGCCUCUGCGUCUUCGAAGGACAAGUUUUCUCGAUGGUUUAAGAACAAGAAGAAGAGCCCGAGCGAGAAGAAUGUUGGUCCUCCUCGCAAGAGUAAGGGCAAAGGCAAGGGCAAAGACAAAGGCAAGGGCGGCAAAGACAAGGGCAAGGGCGCCAAAGAGAAAGGCAAGGGUGGCAAAGGCCAUCACAAAGUUCGCGAGAGCGACAAAGCUCUAAGUGGAAGACCUUCUUCAGUGAGUUUAAGUGCAGAUGGCAUUGGUACGGCUGGUGUCAGCGAUAGCUUGAUGCACAAGUUGAUGGCCACCAAGCAGCGCCUCCUCGCGGGCAACGCUGAGGCGGCUCGUGCUGGUGCUGCUCGCGCUGAGCCUGGUGCUUGGUCAGCUGCCAAUGCAGAGAAGAGCACGAGGAAGAAGGGAGGUGAUGGAAAGGGGAAAGGAAAAGUGGGAAAGGGGAAGGAUGGAAAAGAGAGCCGCUACAAGCAACUCGUGCCCGUGGUCCGGGAGGAGUUGGUGGCUCUCAACCGGCAAAUCGCUUCCCACGCCCAGGCCAAGGAUUUGGCCGCGACCCGUGCCACGUUGGAAACGCUGGAGUCCAAGGGUUGGGCCAAUGGACAUACCUAUGCGGCUGCGGUUCAUGCGCUAUGUCGCUGUGGGGAUUGGCGUUCAGCUGAGGAAGCUUUGGCACGAGCAGAGAAAGCUGGCCUCUUCAAUCGUGGGGCUGGCGCUGCUUCUGGUUUGAUUACAAGAACGUCCAUGAUUCGCGGAUAUGUGGAAUGUGCGCGAGAUCUGGGCAAAGCCCGGGAGCUGUUGCAACGGAUGGAGAAGGAGAAGGUUUUGGCCUCAAGGCCCAACGUGAGAACUGCCAACACCUUUCUUCGUGGCUGUUUGAUCUUGGGCUCAGUCCAUGAUGCUGAAGCCUUACUGGAAAGGAUGACCACCGUUUGGGCAGCCCAAGAGGAGUGGUAUAAGACCCAUGGCGGAAAGCCGGAUGCUUCGACCUACGAGCUUGUGGUAUCACUGCUUUGCCAAGCCUUGCGGUACACAGAUGCCCGUCGGAUAGCUCUUCAAGGCAUCAAAGAAUUGGGCGCCAGUCCCGGCUCCGCCGCUAUGUUUGCUUCCAUCGCACGUGCUGCCAUCAUUUGCGGCAACGAAGAUGCGACUGCACUCAACUUGAAACGUGCGCGAAAGAUCCUUUCUGAGGAAGCAGACUUUUCUGAAGCAAAGCUCUCCAGCGUCGCAGGCAGUGGAGGCAAGCGAGGCACGCAGAAGUGGAACCGCGACGAGGAGCACGAUGCCUCGGUGGCGGAUCGGAAAGCUGCACGGGCCAAGAGCUUGGAGGUCUUUCAAAGCCACCGACAACGUCCCUGGGAGAAGACCUUGUGCUUUGAGGAUUACGGUGACACCGGCAAUGAGGAGAGCGACUCCUCAGCAAGCAAGAUGUGCCGGAGGCUUUGCCACAAAUUUGGGCUGGAGAGUGGGAGCUCCAUGGCGGAGAACGUCCUGCAACACUUUCAGUCCGUCUUCGAGCCGCCCAAGAAAAAGCGAAAGAAGGAUCACCAGGGGAAGCCAAACAAUGGCACUCAGAGGUUCGAUCCUCGCCGGCUCUUUUCGGGAAGCCGGAGCUCUGGAAGUCUGCAUUUGGAGAUCUGCAGCGGCUCAGGGGAAUGGCUCUCUUCACAGGCCCUUCGAGAUGCGAAUACCAAUUGGAUGGCCUGCGAGUUGCGCUUCGACCGCUCUGCGCGGUGUUUUCAACGCUUUGCCCUGCGAGGGUUGGCGGAGAACGUGGGUCUCAUCGUGGGAGAUGCGCAGAACGCCUUGGAGAACCAUUUGAAGAAAGGCUGUUGCUCCAAUAUCUUCAUCAAUCACCCGGAGCCACCUCAUCAGACGGAUUUGGAUCGAGCGACGGCGAGCCUCUCCGUCGACCCGACAGACCCGACGUCCUCGUCCUCGUCUGGCGAAGCGACUCAUCUUCUGACGCAGCGCUUUCUCCAAAAUGCUUGUGCUGCGGUUCUACAAGAGGAGGGAGUUCUCACCAUUUGCACCGACAGCCUGCCAUAUGGCGAGUGGCUAUUGAAUGCCUUUGCUUCGCAGCCUUUGAGCAAUCUCUUUCAAGAUGCUCUCAGAGGUAGGGCUGGAAAAGCUGGCCGGGUCUCGGGCCCCAAAUCUGGCAUCAGCCUGCGGAACGAAGCUCCACCAUUGGAGGUCUGUGGAGCAGUGUACCGCACCAAGGGUGGUGGCGCUGGGGGCGGAAGCUACUUCCAACGUUUGAAGGAAAGCGAGAAAGGCUCCAGACCUUCCAAGGACGAAAGAUACUACCUUUGUCUCAAGAAGAAGAGCAGUCCGACUGGCGAAGCCUUGUGA